AUGAGCAAAGAGCUAGCAGCAAUGGAGCCUGGAGAUUCAGUGGAUGCAGCCAGUGCUGAGACAGCACCACACUCAGCCCUGGGCUCUGGAGUCGGCCUGCAUGCCUAUGACAUCGUGGUGGUGGUCAUCUACUUUGUCUUCGUCCUUGCUGUGGGAAUCUGGUCUUCUAUUCGUGCAAGCCGAGGGACCAUUGGUGGCUAUUUCCUGGCUGGAAGAUCCAUGACUUGGUGGCCAAUUGGAGCAUCUCUGAUGUCAAGCAAUGUGGGCAGUGGCUUAUUCAUCGGCCUGGCCGGGACAGGGGCUGCUGGAGGCCUUGCUGUGGGCGGCUUCGAGUGGAAUGCAACAUGGCUGCUCGUGGCCCUGGGCUGGAUCUUUGUUCCUGUGUAUAUUGCAGCGGGUGUGGUCACCAUGCCCCAGUACCUGAAGAAACGGUUUGGAGGGCAGAGGAUCCAGGUGUACAUGUCAGUCCUGUCUCUCAUCCUCUACAUCUUUACCAAGAUUUCGACUGAUAUCUUCUCUGGAGCCAUCUUCAUCCAGAUGUCCUUAGGCUGGAACCUCUAUCUUUCCACGGUGAUCCUGCUACUGGUGACAGCUGUCUAUACCAUCGCAGGAGGACUCACUGCUGUGAUCUAUACAGAUGCUCUACAGACUGUGAUCAUGGUAGGGGGCGCUCUAGUCCUCAUGUUUCUGGGCUUUAAGGAGGUGGGCUGGUACCCAGGCCUGCAGCAACUAUAUAAGCAGGCCAUUCCCAAUGCCACAGUUCCCAACACCACCUGUCACCUCCCACGGUCCGAUGCCUUUCACAUGCUCCGUGACCCUGUGAAUGGGGACAUUCCUUGGCCAGGUCUCAUUUUUGGGCUCACAGUCCUGGCCACCUGGUGUUGGUGCACAGAUCAGGUGAUUGUACAGAGGUCUCUCUCUGCCAAGAGUCUUUCCCAUGCCAAGGGAGGCUCAGUGCUAGGUGGCUACCUAAAGAUCUUCCCAAUGUUCUUCAUUGUCAUGCCUGGCAUGAUCAGCCGGGCUCUGUACCCAGAUGAAGUUGCCUGCGUAGACCCUGACAUCUGUCAAAGAGUGUGUGGCGCCAGAGUGGGAUGCUCCAACAUUGCUUACCCAAAGCUGGUCAUGGCGCUCAUGCCUGUGGGUCUGCGUGGCCUGAUGAUCGCGGUGAUCAUGGCUGCCCUGAUGAGCUCACUCACCUCCAUCUUCAACAGCAGCAGCACCCUGUUUGCCAUAGAUGUGUGGCAGCGCUUCCGCAGGCAGGCAACUGAGCAAGAGCUGAUGGUGGUAGGCAGGUUGUUCAUAGUCUUCCUGGUAGUCAUCAGCAUCCUCUGGAUCCCCAUCAUCCAGAGCUCCAACAGUGGGCAGCUCUUUGACUACAUCCAGUCUAUCACCAGCUACCUAGCCCCACCCAUCACGGCCCUCUUCCUGCUGGCCAUCUUCAGCAAGAGGAUCACUGAGCCUGGUGCCUUCUGGGGCCUCAUGUUUGGCCUAGCUGUGGGAAUCAUGCGCAUGGCUCUGGAGUUCUCAUACCCUGCCCCAGCCUGUGGGGAGGCAGACAGGAGGCCGGCUGUUCUGAAGGACUUCCACUACCUGUACUUUGCCCUCCUCCUCUGUGGACUUACUGCCAUCAUCAUUGUCAUAAUCAGCUUCUACACAGAGCCCAUCCCUGAUGAAAAGCUUGCUCGCCUGACCUGGUGGACAAGGAACUGUCCCUUACCUGAGCUGGAGAAGGAAGCUUCUGUGAGUGGGAAUGAGACAGAGUGGGAAAACACCCCAGGACUGGCAGAGAGGCCAGAUGCAGAGGGCCCAGCAGGAGAUGGGGAAGAAGCAAACAGCACCCAGGCAUCUGAUCAAUCAAGAGCCCUACAUAGGUCCUUGGGGAAAUGGCUAUGGAACUGGUUCUGUGGACUCUCUGGGGCUCCACAGCAAGCCCUGAGCUCAGCGGAGAAGGCUGCACUAGAGCAGAAGCUGACCAGCAUUGAGGAGGAGCCGCUCUGGAGACGUGUCUGCAACCUCAACGCCAUCAUCCUGCUGGCCGUCAACAUCUUUCUUUGGGGCUAUUUUGCGUGA